AUGUCCUCCUCUCAAGAAUUACCAGAAGACUAUGAAAUCCGCGAUGUGAUAAUCAUAGGCGCAGGACCAUGCGGCCUCGCCGUCGCCGCACGCCUAAGCGAAGAAACGCCAUCAGCAGUCUUCACUGACGAAGAACACCAGCGCUACCACUGGAUCAGGAAACACAGCGGACGGAUGAGUCUGGUGCAAGGGCGACACGGCAAGAUCAAAGGCGUGCGAGCCGCAAAAUGGGACAGUGAACGCGGAUGCCCAUGCCCAGAAGACCGGGAACGGCGCACCUCAACUGACUCUGCAUCUUCUGUGCCGUCGCUGUCUUCUGCAUCAUCGACAUCGUCAACAUCAUCGACAUCAUCUAUAUCAACCCUCGUUCUCGACGGCUCCGGCGAUAAAUGGAUGCAGCGGUGGAAUAAUGCGUUCCGCACGCUGGAAAUUAAACAGCUCCGCAGCCCGAUGUUUUUCCAUGUUGAUCCUGGGGAUCGGGAUGGUAUGCUGGCUUAUACCCAGGAGAGUGGCCGGGAUGCAGAUCUAUGGGAAAUUUCCGGAUGUGUUGGGAAGGAGAUGAGCAAGCAUAAGAAGAAGAAGAGGAGACAGGGUGGGAAAACUCAAACUAUCGGAGCUGAGAUUGACGAACGAGACCGGAAGGAUUACUUCUCUCCUUCCACCGACCUCUUUUCGGAUUAUUGUUCGUCGAUUAUCGAGCGGUAUGGUCUGGACGAGCCCGGUCAGAUCUUGCAGCGCGAGGCCACGGAUCUUUCUUAUAAUUAUCUCUCCGAUAGCUCAGACUCGAAGGUGUUUACUGUCACCACAUCUACGGGAGAGAAGUUUUAUAGUAAGUCUGUUGUCCUGGCCAUCGGUCCUGGCGGAGCAGGUGUGUCGAAGAUUUAUCCGUGGAAACCCUCGACGGAGCAAGAGGGUGCCGCAGCAUGUUGCCACAGUACGGAGAUCAAAUCAUUUCCCAGUCCGAAUGUCCAGAAUAAGAUCCGGCGGCGGCAAGAGACCAAUGUUGUCGUUGUUGGAGGUGGUCUAUCGUCAGCGCAGAUUGUCGAUAUGGCGGUUCGCAAGGGCGUGACAAAGGUGUGGUUUCUGUUACGGUCCGGCAUGAAGGUCAAACACUUCGAUAUUAGUCUGCCCUGGAUGGGUAAGUACAAGAACUGGGAGAAAGCAGCUUUCUGGUCCGCCGACACCGACGAAGAGCGCCUUGAGAAACUCCAAACCGCUCGCAACGGCGGUAGCAUUACACCACGCUACACGAAGAUUGUAAAGCAGCACGCAGCUAAGAACCGCGCCUCCAUCCACCCUUGCACAGAAAUAAAAACCCACGAGUACAAUCCAGCUAAACAAACCUGGACCCUAACAACUGACCCACCGAUCCCCGAGCUUCCCGAAAUGGACUACAUCUAUUUCGCAACCGGAGUUCGGGCAGACGUCCGCGAGAUGCCACUACUCCGGGAAAUGAACGAUCAAUACCCAAUCGAGGUCAAGUCAGGUCUGCCAUGUCUAACGAACGAUCUGUCGUGGCGGGAUGACGUACCAUUAUUCAUGACGGGUCGGAUGGCGGCUCUCCGGCUUGGUCCCGGGGCGCCGAAUCUCGAGGGCGCAAGGGUGGGCGCGGAACGUGUUGCGUGGGGCAUGGAGGAGGUGUUGCAUAAGGGAAGGGAGGUUGGUGGGCAGUGUGAAGGGUUUUGUGGGCUUGGGAAUCGCUCGAUGUCUGACAAAGCACACUAUAUGGCGACAAAGACGGAUACAAUGGCCAAGGAGCCCCCGAUGGAGGCCUUCAAGUUCCUACCCAACAACACAAAUCCGAAUUGGAUUAAAGAUAGGGGGCUCCGUAAACUAAACAUGGUUGGUGCCGUCAUUGGCGGACUGGAUCCCAAUAUAGUUGGUCUGAUAAUUGCUGCCACUUCUCUGGGGGCGUUGGUUUCCUUCGCACCAGCCUCUUAUAUUGCCGAUACAUUUGGACGCAAGAUGUGUGUUUUUGUUGGAUCCAGCAUUGUGAUCGUGGGAGCUAUCAUUCAGACCGCAGUGAAAAACAACUGGGCAUUUUUUGGCACGAGAGUGUUGUCAGGCAUAGGGAUGGGCAUUGCCCAGACUGCGGCUCCUCUCCUGGCAACCGAGAUCGCACACCCUCGGCAGAGACAAACGGCCACGGCACUCUAUAAUGCAUCCUGGUGUUUGGGCGCCAUUGGUUCGGCAGCUAUCACGUAUGCAACCAUCGGCGUAACAAACAGUUGGUCGUGGAGAGUUCCUUGUCUGCUACAGAUGUCUUAUCCGUUGUUUCAGAUUCUAGGGUUGCUCAUGUUUGUGCCCGAAAGCCCGAGAUGGCUCGUAUCCAAAGGCCGGAAAAACGAAGCCCUAGCUAUCCUGGGGGAGUACCACGCGAAUGGAGAAACAAACGACGAGCUAGUCCAGUAUGAGUACCGUUUGAUAUGCAACACGAUCACAGCCGAGAAGACCAAUACCACAAAAUGGAGUUCCUUCUUCUCAUCCAGAGGUAAUAUGCAUAGAUUGGCCAUCUGUGUGUUAGUUGGGCUUAUGCAGGAAUGGGCUGGAAAUGGUCUCCUGUCAUACUACCUCGUGCCGAUUCUCGGGUCAGUGGGAAUUACCAAGGCAUCGGACCAAGCAGCUGUGAACGUCAGCCUCAAUGCCUGGAACUUCCUCCUUGCGGCAGCCGGUGCACUUGCAUCGGAGCGAUACGGCCGCCGCAUUCUAUGGCUUAUUUCCACGGUGGCCAUGAUCGUCUUCCUGUCCAUGUCCACACUAGCCGCUGGAUUAUUUGCCGAAAGAAAUCUCCCUGCUGCAGGCAUAGCCGUAGUUCCACUCCUAUUUCUCUUUUUUGGCGCAUACGAUAUCGCUUAUGCGCCUUUGUUCGUCUCGUAUCCAGCUGAGAUCCUACCCUUCCAACUGCGUGCCAAGGGUAUUGCUGUCACACUGUCGGUGGAUGCUGUGGCAUGUUUCUUCAACCAAUAUGUCAACCCAGUGGCGUUCACGGCGAUUGCAUGGAAGUAUUACUGUGUCUUUCUCGGUUGUCUGGUAGUCUUCUUGAUUCUUAUAUACUUCCUGUUCCCCGAGACAAAAGGGCGGUCUUUGGAAGAGGUUGCUAUGAUUUUCGACAAGGAAAAGAAAUUGGAGGGAGAGAGUAAAAAGACAGAGACAAGAUAG